AUGCCGCCAAAGAGGAAAGCUGCAGAGCAAUCUUCCACGACAGCGAAGGCUGCCAAGAAGACGAAGGUCACGACCAAAGAAGCCGCUUCCAAGCCCUCCGUGCCGAAAGCCAGCGCUACGCCGUCGGCCGAGACCGUGACGACGGACCCUACUGUCGCGCCUGGCGUCGAGUCUUCCCCCUCCAAAGACGUCGCGGCUGCUUCUACUAGAAAAGCAAGCCAAGCCAACCUUCAGCGGUCGCCUCGCCCUUGCCGUGCGACAGGCGCGUUCGAGUGCCGUCAAAUCGAGAACCCGUUCAGUGAAGAGCCCCUCGAAGAUCCGAUCUACGUCCUUGACGGGAAGCAGUCCGAUAUCAGCCUCAGCAAGAAAGAGAUGCCCAAGGGUCAAGAGAACGCGGCUGGGACUUUCAAGCGUGGCUUCCACUGCGACCUGGAGAUGGACGUCGGAGCCUCGGGCGACUGCGGCGCGGACAUGAUUUCAAAGGUCAAAGGGACUUUCAAGAUGCACCGCGUCUGGUGUGACGGCGAUAAGGAGCUUUUCGAGGGAUACGUGGAUGUCACCGUUACACACGGCGCGACAUUGCGUCGCAAAGGCCACGGACCCUCCUCCGGGAUCUCCACGCCCAUAUGGGCGAUUCGUGCGCGUCGCGACGAGGAGGGCGAGGAGAUAGGCAUAGACGAAGGCGACGGUUUGUUUUUCGGCAGCGGUGGCGGAUCGAACGAAUUCGAUUUCGACGAAGACGAAGAUGAGGACAGUGAUGAGUACGGCUACUAUUGA